UUUUUUUCACAAGAGGGCGCUAUUAUUCCCGACAAACGUCUUUGGAAUUCAACAUGGCGACUACCGUGGAUGCCUCAGUGAAGAGACGAAGUCUACCUCCACUCCUCACCAGUAAUACUGAUUUAUCAGCUAGCCAAGCACAGCGACCAAAGAGGAAAAAGAAGAAAUUAACAGAAGGAGCAGCAGAGGUCAGUGACUCCCAGCAGUCCUCUGCUAGCAAACAUCGUCCAUUGCCUUCAGAGAUGAAAGAUGACUCACCAGUCAUGGGCAGUCGGGAGAAUCUGGUCCAGAAUGGCCAGAAUGGGGUCAGCUCAUCGGUCAAGAAAACCAGACGGAAGAAGAAGAUGACACAUGGGUAUGACUUUGCGAGUGGGGCUGAUGAUACAGCAAAUGGAGAAAUCUCUGUCAGUACCCCUGCCAUUAACAACUUGAAAGCAUCUCCUGGAUCAUCAAGAAGGAAAAAAGAGCACAGACAGUCCCGGCUCCCACGAUCAGUUAGUGAUGAAGUGUUACGAGACAAUGAGACACCGGGAUCUUCAAGUAAGAAGAAACCUCGCAGACCUCAAUCCAAGCUCUACGCAGAUGAUAGUGCUGAUGAUGAAGAUGAUGUGGGAACAUCCAAAGCCCAUGGGAGACCCCCGCCUCCAAGUAAAGUCAAGAAAAGAAGAAAAUCAAAGCCACCUGCCUCAGUGGAUGAAAAUUACCACGCUGAUGGUGAAGGUAUGUCCUUGGAUAUAAUGGUAGCUGCAGAAGACAUCAUUGCUCCUGAUAAACAAACAGAUGAACAACAACAACAACAACAACCCUCACAUACAGCAGUGUUGCCAAGCCAACCUGUCGGAAAACUCUUCAUGGAGAGAAAAAGUGGUUUCAAGGGAGAAGACAAGGGCAGACUUGCUCGCCAGAGGGAGCGAGAGCUGAACAAUCAACAGCCACAAACAGAAAUUCAAAUUACCACCACACAAGUGGCAUUGACCACCCACCGAGCCUCGUUAACCUUUGCUCUAUUCUGCCACGGUCUCCUUGCUGGCUUUGCCCUGUGGCAGUGUGUCAUGGUGUACAUGUUGCAGCGUCAGGUGCCGUCAUCUAAUACACCUGGCAAGACGCGGUUCCUGGAACAUUACAGUCGACUGGCCCAGCCUGCCUCUGCCAUGUACUACUUCCUAUUCACCGUCUGCACUGUCUCUGUUUUUGAUAGGUUUGAUAUUGGUCGUCCUGACAGACAGUUCUUCCGUGGCCUUAUCACCUUCCAAUCUGGUGCCAUUUCAAUUUUAAUUUACCUAAUCUCACUGAUAAUGUCUGCGAGUGUUGCAGCCAUAGACGACAGAAUAAGUUUGUUUUUCAAGACGAGUGCACCGUACUGUGGUGAUUCUUGUCCAGACAGCGGUUCUUUAUGGGAUAGUGCAGAAGCAGACACACAACUCAAUAUCUGGGUUAUCAUCAAUUUAAUCCGAGCCAUCGGUGCCUGCUUAGGAUGGCUUGUCAUCUCAGUCACACCAACAACAGACUACACCUCAGAACACCUUCACGAUGCAGAGGAACCAUUGUGGGAUGAAACACAAGAUGUAGAGUUGAACAAUGUCCACUCAAAUCUGUGACAGACUGCUGUCUCUUUCUCAUUGCCACAACUCUAUUUUUAAAUGGCUAACCACUGAAAUUACCAAGCAGAUGUUUGUGUAAGCCUUGUAAGUUGCUUUUUUUAUUAGCCAAAGGCUGUCAUACUUACUUUAGUAUAAUAUUAUGAGCAAAGAGUAGAAGGGAUGAGCAUGCUGGUCUUGUCUUUAUAUUUUCAUAAAUAUCACAUUAGGCUUCUGAUGAAAGCUGUGAAAUCUAAGUCCUGAUCACAUUGAAAAAUUGAAUUAAUACAAGAUUAAUAAAACCAAGUGCCCAUCAAGUACUUGAGAAAAUGCCAACAGAAAUUCAUGCAGUAAUAUUUUUGAGCUGAUGCGUGUUGUUUUUACAAGUUUCUGAAAUUCUAGUUUACUGCUUGUUGCUAUGCUUUGCUUGACGUAGAACAGUAUCACUACAUGUAAUAUACAACUUUUUUUGGGGGGGGGUUGAGAAAUAAUGUCGCUGUAUUGUUGGCGUUAGCUAACACUGCGAAUUGAUGAUUAUAUCUUACACUGGCUUACUGAUGACAUUUGCUUGUACAUGUAUUACUGAAUUUCAAUAUGUAAAAAGACCAACAGAACAUAACUCUACUUAGUUUUCCAUUUAAAAUGGCUAACUGUUCAUUUUUUUAUGUUUGAUUAAGUGAUGAGGUCUGCUUCAUAUAUUUAGCUAACCCUAACUCCCUAGGGGGUGUGCAAAAUCAAAGUAAACUUGGAGGAUUCAGGACUGACGGAUCUAUUGAUGACAAUUUCAACAAUGUAUCCAUUGGUCACAAUUUACCCUUUUUGUGUAUACAUGUAUAGAAUCAGUUGAUUUAGUACUAAUUCGGUGCUGUACUUUUUUUAAAAUAAAUACAUGUAACUGUAAAAAGAAUGGACUCUAAAGUAACUUAUUUGUACAAAUUAAGUUUUUGUUUACUUGUUGGUGUGACAGUUUAUUGUGUAAACAAUAAAUACAUUUUGGUAAACAA